AUGGAGGGCGACAAGCGUAAUCUUGCUGAUCUCCUCAAAGAUGGAGGUUGUUCCGAUAUCCCGGAAUUCAUCGGAACACUUCCUAUGGCAGUAAAGAAGCGUGUUUGCGCUCUCAAAAAAUUCCAGCUCGACAGCAUCGAGGUUGAAGCGAAGUUCUAUGAACGUGUUCAUCAACUUGAAAAAGAGUUUGAGUCCGAAUUCAACAAACUCUACGAACAACGAAGGAAAAUCGUUGCUGGCGAAUACGAGCCAAACGAUGAAGAGUCGAAGCUUCCAAUCAUUCAUGGGCUCGAGGAUAACGAGAUCAAGGAACUGAACGAUAAAUCGCAGCCAGAUGAUGGUUCCAAGGGAAUUCCAUCUUUUUGGCUUAAUGUUCUUAAAGGAUCUGAUAUGACCCAAGACAUGAUUCAAGAUCACGAUGAACCAAUCUUGAAGCACCUCACCGAUAUCACGACGUCCAUCGAAGUUGACCCACAUGGAUUCACAAUCUAUUUCCACUUCUCCCCCAAUGAAUUCUUCUCCAACACCGUGUUGAAGAAGCAAUACUUUCUCGAAAUUAAGCCCGAUGCUGAGGAUCCAUUCGGUUUCGAUGGGCCAUCUGUUGUGCGCGCUGUCGGUGACACAAUCCAGUGGAACGACGGUAAAAACAUCACUAAAAAGGUUGUGAAGAAAAAACUGAAGAAGGGUGCGAAUGCUGGAAAGUUCAUCACAAAGACGGUGAAAGCUGACAGCUUCUUUAACUUCUUUGACACCAUCGUGCCACCUACUGAGGAUCACAAGAAUGAAGAUGACGAGGAGGAAGACUCACAUGAGUUGAUGCGAGCAGACUUCGAAAUCGGUCAAGUGCUUCGUGAUAACAUCAUUCCUCGUGCUGUGCUUUUCUAUACCGGAGAGGCUGACCUUGGCGAUGAUAUGUUCGAUCUCGGGGAGGACGCGGAUGACGAAGACGAGGAGGAGGACGAUGAGGAUGAUGAGUAG